AUGUCUUCUGAAGAUGUACAAACACAAGACAAGGUGUCAACCAAUUGGACGACACUAGUCGCAGAGAAGCAAAAGGAAUGCCAACAGAAAAUCCCCGAGUCGUGGCGACUCUCACCAGAACACUUGUCGACUUUUACUCGUCCUGGCAUCGACCUCAUUGCUGCUGAUGCUUGCCGAAAAUGUGGAAUCAUGUCAGAGUUGGAGCUGGACAUCACAGAAAAGUUCACAGCUACAGAAUUGGUACAGCGGCUGGCGACUCGUGAAAUCAGCGCCCUGGAUGCGACGACCGCUUUUUGUAAGAGAGCGGCCAUCGCCCAGCAAUUGACGUCUUGUCUCACUGAAACGUUGUUCCCGGAAGCAUUGGCUCGCGCCAAGUUCUUGGACGGGUAUAUCGAACGUACGGGUAAGGUUAUAGGCCCUCUCCAUGGGUUACCUGUCAGUGUUAAAGACAGCUUCAAUAUUGAGGGCGUGCAAUCUACUGUCGGGUAUGUCUCGUUUCUCGAAAAUCCGCCUGCCAAAUCAAACUCUGCCUUGAUCGACAUGCUCUUGGAACUUGGAGCAGUUCUGUAUGUGAAGACAAAUAUUCCCCAGACAAUGAUGACCGGCGACUCGGAGAACAACAUAUUUGGGCGCACCUUGAACCCUAAUAACACAGCUGUGACUGCCGGUGGUUCCAGUGGAGGUGAAGGAGCCUUGGUCGCAUUUCGGGGUUCAAUUCUAGGAGUAGGGACAGACAUUGCUGGAUCCAUCCGCAUACCCGCUCUUUGCUGUGGGGUGUAUGGCUUUAAGCCUACUGUUGACCGCAUACCAUUCGGAGGCCAAACCUCAGGUGCUACAGUGGGACUUCCAGGUCUGAUUCCAUCCGCUGGACCCCUCGCCCACAACUUGGAAGACAUCAAACUCUUCACAAAGACCAUCUUGGACUCUCAGCCUUGGAAAUACGACGUCACUGCCUUCAGUGUUCCAUGGCAGCAGCCUGCCUCGUCGAGCCAGAAAUUAUUGACGAUCGGUGUUCCCCCCGAGGAUUCUUCUUUCCCAUUGCAUCCUCCAGUUCGAAGGGCAUUGGAAACCGCUAUUGAAGCCCUUGAAAAACAGGGCCACAAAAUCAUCCGUCUACCCGUUGACGAGAAUAGGAGCCUAUCAUACGGAAAUCGAAUCGCCUUUCAAUACUUCAUUUACGGACCUCAUGAAGAUAACAUUUCUCCGAGCGGCGAACCUCUUGUGAAAUCAGUCGCAAAGUCUUCUUCUCCCAUGUUCACUGGUCCAUUCCCAGUCAAUCCCGAGGCAGAGUUGGUCGACAAGAUUACAGGAUUGCAUGAUGCAAGGCACAGGUUUGCAGACUCAUGGAGGAAGACGUGGGUAGAACACAGCCUUGAUGUACUUUUGGCACCUGGGUCUCAAAACACUGCUGUACCGCACGACACUUACGGAUGGCCACCUUAUACAGUUGUAUGGAAUCUUCUUGAUUACCCUGCAUGUGUUAUUCCGUUCGGCAAAGUGUCGAAGGAUCUCGAUCCAACGCCAUUCAAAGUAGAGGAUGAUGUGCAACCCUCGUACGAUCCAGAAGCUGUUGAUGGCCUUACUUGUGCAAUUCAGAUUAUCGCACCAAAGUUUCAAGAUGAGAAAUGCUUGUUUGCUGCAGAGAUCAUUGAUCAGGAUAUUAGAAAAUAG